CAGUCGGUAACUGUCAAUUGUUGAUACUUCAUAAGGUAAAGUAUUUAAGUCAUAGUCAUUAUCAAGAUAUAAUAAAGUGACAGCCAGUUAACACACCUCCCACCCUGGAGCAAACUGAAGCACCUGCCAGCUCCUACAUAAAGCACCAGCUAGCCAUGACAGCACACACUCCAAUCCUCUGGAACUAAGCUCUGUAACUCUCUCACUGCAAGUAUGUUGGACUCGUCCCAAAGUCGGGCAAUGGUGUCAGUUGUUGAGAACUCUAAGCAACAGGAGAGGGGGCAGUGGGCAAACAAAGCAGAAUUUAUUCUCACAGUGGCUGGCGCCAUCAUAGGUCUUGGCAACAUAUGGAGAUUUCCGUAUCUAUGCUACAAGAAUGGUGGAGGUGCAUUUCUAGUUCCAUACUUCCUAUACUUGGUGACAUGUGGUAUCCCCCUGUUUAUACUGGAGACUGCACUUGGCCAAUAUACCAGCCAAGGUGGUAUUACAUGCUGGAGGAAGUGCUGUCCUCUGUUAGAGGGCAUGGGAUUUGCCAGUACGAUCAUCAUUAUGUAUGGUGCCAUCACUUACAUCAUAAUCCUCGCAUGGGCUCUCUUUUAUUUAUUCUCAUCUUUCAGUUAUGAACUGCCAUGGGCAAACUGUAAAAAUAAAUGGAAUACAGAUAGUUGUGUCAGUUUUGGUAACAACUCCAAUUUGACUUCACCCAUCAACAGUUCAUCUUCGGUCAUGGAAUUUUGGCGGUACAGAGUUCUUAGACUUUCCAGUGGAAUAGACCAACUUGGAAGCAUAAACUGGGAUAUAGCUCUUUGUCUUCUCUUGGCCUGGAUCAUCAUUUAUUUCUGUAUCUGGAAGGGAAUCAAGACCAGUGGCAAGGUUGCAUAUUUCACAGCCACAUUCCCAUUUGUCAUGAUAUUGGUGCUGUUUGUUCGUGGUGUCACUCUGCCUGGAGCAUUGGAUGGCAUCUUUUUUUACCUGAACCCAGUCCCAAAACGUCUAGCAGAUCCACAGGUUUGGAUGGAUGCUGGGACCCAAAUAUUCUUCUCAUAUGCCAUAUGCCUUGGGUACCUGACCUCCCUGGGGAGUUACAACAAAUACAACAAUGAUUGUUACAAAGAUUCAUUCUACCUUUGCAUCUUGAACAGUGCAACCAGCUUUUUAUCGGGUUUUGCUAUUUUCUCUAUACUGGGGCACAUGGCUAAGGUGCAAGGUGUUGACAUCUCUGUAGUAGCAGAGUCAGGUCCUGGGCUAGUGUUUAUAGUUUACCCUCAGGCUGUGACCUUGCUGCCCUGGCCACAACUCUGGGCCAUUUGUUUCUUCACCAUGAUCCUUCUUUUGGGUGUGGACAGCCAGUUUGCCGGAAUAGAGAGCUUCAUGACAUCGGUGACAGACAGGUUUCCUACCGUACUCAGGCAUGGCUGGCACAGAAAGCUCUUCCUAUUGGGACUGUGCUCUUUCUGCUUCCUGAUUGGCCUAUUUAUGGUCACUGAGGGUGGGCUUUAUAUCCUGCAGCUGUUUGACCACUAUGUCUGUAGUGGAGCCACACUGCUCUUUCUGGCCAUUUGCCAGUCUGUUACUGUAGGCUGGAUUUAUGGUGCCGAUCGCUUCUAUGGUAACAUUGAGGAUAUGAUUGGCUACAGGCCGUUGCCCCUUAUUAAGUACUGUUGGCUCUAUGUCACCCCAACUAUUUGCACAGGAACAUUUGUUUUCUCACUGUUAAAGUAUAGCCCCCUGAAGUUCAACAACACCUACAUCUAUCCAUGGUGGGCAUAUGGUUUCGGCUGGUUUCUGACUGCUUCAUCACUCUGUUGGAUCCCCCUGACAAUGGUCUACAGACUCUACUAUGGGAAAGGGACACUUCUGCAGCGUCUUCAGUUUCUCUCAAGCCCAGCAGAUGAUCUGCCCAUGGCCAAGAGGGAGACAGAAAGACUGCAUCUCUCUACACUGUGAAAAUAUGUCAAUUAGAAUCACUAUCAUAUCAUGUGCAUUGCAUCAGAAUAAGAGUGAAACAGAAAUGAUUCUUGCACAUCUUUGUUUUUUUUCCGUGUGUUAAAGGAAUAUUGAAUAUUGCCAAAGGCUCUAAUUUAAAUGAACAAAGUCAUUCAAUAAUUAAAGUGUCAUGAGUGAACUAAAGUUAACGUGUGGUGAGUGGGAGCAUCGAGCAGGCCUAUGUAUGAUUGUGCUUAGGAUCUUGGAAAUUAUAUUUUCAUAAUUAUUAAUUAAACUUUAGCUAGACUUUA